UCUUCUCUCUUACUGCAUUUACAGUAGUACUGGCUGUUGUACAUAUAUACACCUGUGCACUGUCCUUGCAAAGCACUCACAAAAGUGAAUUUACUUUUCCAUCUUCAAGACCGCAGUCAAGAUCUCUUCAGUUUGCAUCUCCCAAAGCGCAGCCAUGACGAUCGUGGAGAUGCAUGUGAAUAUCGACUGCGACGGCUGCGAGGACAACGUCAGGAAGGCCCUUCUGAGGCUUGAAGGCGUGCACCACGUUCAGAUCGACAGGAUGCAUGGCAAGGUAACGGUGAACGGCUCUGUCAGCCAGAAGAAGGUGCUCCGCGCUGCGCGGCGCACGGGCAGGCUCGCCGUGCUGUGGCCCUCUGCCUUCAACCCGGCGUAUAACCAUGGCUACGCGCAGCCGGCCUAUUACCAGUACCAGGCCAAGCCCGCCGCCGCGCACGCGCACGCGCACGGGCAGCAGCAGCAGCACUACUACAGCGGCAGCGCCGAGCGCGGCAAGAACGGUAGUGUCUCAGCGGUGGGUCGGAAGCCGGCGGCGCACUACCCCCAGGGCAGGCCCAGCUCGUACAAUUACCAGGUCCAUGGGUACUACGACUCCGAUCUCUACGGGAGCUACCGCGAGCAGCCCGACGUCGUGCCGGUCGCCGUUCGGAGCUACUUCAGCGACGAGAACCCCAAUGCUUGCUCGAUCAUGUGAGCGUAAUCGGCGAUGGUUCGGAUGUCUGAUUCGAUCGGCGUAUGCUCUGUGUGUGUUCUUGUAUGAUCAAUACAGAUGCUUGUACAGUACUAGUGCUGUCAAUUUCUUGUGCAGUCUUGUACAUAUGAUUUCA